GAAAAGAAAAGAAUUAUGACCUAAUUCAAUAAAAAUAUUUAAAGCCAAAAAGAGAAAUUAUUUAUACAUUUUGACGGAAACAGCUAAUUUUUAAGCAUAAAGCGUUUCCUAGUUCCUACCUUCCUAGGUUUCUAGUCAAUGAAAAACAAAGCCGUCUUUACCAAUAGAAGUUUGCCACGUCAAAGUCAUUCCCGGUCUUUAAAAUACCCUACUAGUGACUCACCCUACCGCGACGCACCAGAUUAUUACCCAAUGUCAUUCAGAGGAGUAGCGUACCAACCGUCAAUUAACAGCGCCAUUGGAAAACUGCUCAAUUUCGCGGUUACUCUUACCAAAAAGUUUCUUCUUUUCCCUUUCAUGUUUUUCUUUAGAGGUUUCGGAGAAGAAGAAGAAGAAGAGUAAAAUCAUCAUGGGAGAUGAACCAAUGGAGCGAGAUAAUUACUUGGCCCUCAAAGAUUUAAGACUUGAAAUCGAAAGAGAAGAUGAGAACUUUUCUGUCUGCUUUUGGAUUUAUCUCACCAACUCCACUGCAUUCCCUGUUACACUUCUUCAAAAGGUUCCCCAAGAUGCCUCAGGCCAUUCUCCUUUCCUUGUUAUAAAUGAAAAGGAAGUGAUGCUUUUUCCAUUACUUCCCUUGAACAAUGAAGCUCAGAAUUCUUCCAACCCUGCUUCAUCAUCUGAAGUUCCGUGUGCAUCAGUAGAGACUGAGUUUCCUCUUGAAAAGUGGGUUCAUUUUGGCUGUGAGGUUCUGACUGACUGCAUAUUGCUACACAUUGAUGGAGAGUGUGUUGGAGAGAAGUCUCUCUCUUCUAUAUCUGAAAAAGAUUGUGCUGUAAAUUCCCCUGGAAAGAUCACUUUGGUUGGUGGAGGUGGAGAUGAGGCCAAUGAACAGGGUUACAUUUACAAAUUAGAAAUUUUGCGUACAACUUCAUCCAUCAAGGAUCACUUUGCUAAGGAUCCACCGGUACAAUUAUCUAUUGAUAAGUCAUCCGCAUCUGAGAUUGAAGAAUGCCAAGGUGGUGUUUGGAGUAUUAUUGGAGGCAAGGCAUCCUGUCGCCGGAACUUUUCUUUAGAUGUGGUCUUCCUUGAUACCUCUGACCAGCCUGUAAGCAAGGAAAUUGAGGUUGUGGCUUCACUUGUAUACCUUGAUAAUGGAGCACCUGUUGAGAGAACAAGUGAUGGAGAAGCUCCUCUUUUGGCAAGCUUUGAUGGAAUUGAAUUUGCUUCUUAUGAUAAACCAAGUAAAUUAUUGCAUGGGCGUGCAUCUUUUAAGCUCAAAAUAUCUCAGCUUUCAUCCAAGUGUCAAAAUAGGCUUUUCUGCAUUAGGUUUCACUUGCCUAAUAUGGAAAUCUAUCCUUUCUUUGAGGCAUUUUCUCCUCCAAUACGUAGUAUUUCACGAAACCGAAAUACUCGAGUGUCCUCUACAAUGUCAAAAAGGUCAAACUCUGUCCCCCAUCAAGUAUCUCAGUCACAUGGAGUGGAUGAAGAUAUGAUGGAUGUUGAUCAAAAUUCGUCACAUGAAACAAAACCUAAUCCGUCAUCAAAGCGUUCAAAGUUGGGACAAGACAGAAUUUCCACAACCUUUAGGGUUGAUCCAACACUGGAGGCACAUGACGAUGAAUGCAACUCUCAUACCAAGAUCGCUAAUAAUAAGGUUGAAGAUACUUUAAUGACAAGUUCAAAUGUAGACCCUGACAACUUUGAUGAAGACAACUCCUCAACUGACUCUGAAAGUAUAGAAGCUAGAAAUUCAGCUCCCAAGAGUACUUCAAGUUCCAGAAAUCCAAUUCCAGAUGCGACUAUCUUUAAGUACUGCCUGGCAGGCUUAGCUGAGAGAUCCCUUCUACUCAAGGAGAUUGCAAACUCCGCUUCUAAUAAAGAACUUUUAGAUUUUGCAAAUCAAGUCUCCCUAUAUUCAGGCUGUUCGCAUCACAGGAACCAAAUCAUCAUGGCAAAACGAUUAGUUGAGGAAGGGAAAAAGGCUUGGAAUUCAAUCUCACCAAACAACAACAGGGUUCAAUGGGAAUGUGUGGUUUUUGUGAUUGAAGAACAUUUUAUGAAAAUUGCUUGUUGCAGUUCUCGGUCUCUCACACAACAGGACUUCAACCUUCUGAAGAGAAUUGCAGGAUGCGAAGAAUAUUUGACCCAAGAGAACUUUGAACGAAUGUGGUGCUGGUUAUACCCUGUGGCUUAUACUUUAUCAAGAGAUUGGAUAAAUACAGCGUGGAGUUCUACAUCACCUAGAUGGAUAGAGGGAUUCAUUACAAAGGAAGAAGCAGAAUUAUCACUGCAAGGACCGAAGGGUUUUCAAGAGCCUGGGACAUUUAUACUCCGGUUUCCAACUUCAAGGAGCUGGCCUCACCCAGAUGCUGGUAGCUUAGUUGUGACAUACAUUGGAAGCGAUUAUACCCUUCACCACAAGCUUCUGUCUCUUGAUCAUUUAUAUAGUAACUGUGCAAGCGAAGAUAAAGACGUAAAGCCUCUGCAGGACAUGCUUCUUGAAGAACCGGAAUUAACAAGAUUGGGAAGGAUUAUAAGAAGUCACUGAGUGCUAGAGAUGCCUUAUCAUCCUGUUCUAUGGCAGAUGGAUUUUGGGGUUGGCUGCUGAUAUUUUUACUUAUCUUUGUGUUUGGUAUGUAUAUAACUUUUUUGUUUAAUCAUUGAUUAUUAUUAUUGUGAAGGAAGAGAAGAAAAAUAGAGAGUAGCUAGAGGAGUGGUGCCUUUAGAUUUCUUUUGCUUAGGAAACAAGCUUCUGAACAGUGUUGGCUUACAGCUACAUGGGGUAGUCUGUCCCAUCCCAACUACACAAAGAGUAUUUGAAAUUUUGUACUCCGUCGUCUCUAACCAAAAUAUGUAUCACUAAAAUUUAGCAAAGCUUAGCAAGGCUUAUGUUUAAGGUAGGAGAACGAAAUAACUGUCAAUCCACCUCGCCGUCCAAUCCAUCAGAAUCCAUUUUUAUGAAGUCUGGCCUUUCAAAAUCCGCUGAAAUUAGAUUGGAUCUGUUUAUUGGACGGAUGGGUUUGAAUUGGAGUACUAACUAGGGGUGUACGUGGUUUAGUCAGUUUAUGCUAUAUUUUACUCUAUUCAAUGUAAAGAUUGAGUUACAAAAAUUUAAGCGCAAUCUAUCCAAUUAAGAAAAAAGAAAAUAAUAACCCGCGUAAUGAAAUUUAUCGUUUUGUC